GACGGAAGGAGUAUUAUGGAAACGGGAAAGAUUAAGAAGCAAUAUAUGGACUAAUAGUGUGGCCCUUGAACCGCACCCAGUUUGGCCCAAAACUACAAAAGCCCAAUGAUUUGAAAAUCCGUAUCCAGAAUCCACAUGUGUUCGGACAAGACUGCCCCUUCGUCGCAACCAUUGUCCACUUUCUCUCCCUCCCCUGACACCUCUGAGAUCAUCAGAAGGAAUCGAGAGUCAUUAAUGGAUGCAAUUAGAAAGCAAGCCACGCGGCUACGGGAACAGGUUGCUCGGCAACAGCAAGCUGUGUUUAAGCAGUUCGGAGCUGGGGGAUAUGGUGGUUCAGAUCACACAGAUGAAUCUGAACUCCACCAGCAUAAAAAACUGGAAAAGCUUUAUAUAUCUACUCGUGCUGCCAAGCAUUUCCAAAGGGAUAUUGUCCGAGCUGUUGAAAACUACAUUGUUACUGGGUCGAAGCAAGUUGAGAUAGGAACUAAGCUCUCAGAAGAAAGCAGGAAGUAUGGAUCUGACAAUACAUGUACUAGUGGGGCUACGUUAUCAAGAGCUGCAUUAUGUUUUUCACGAGCCCGUGCUCAAAUGGAGAAGGAGCGCGGAAAUCUAUUGAAAUCCUUUGGCACACAGGUCGCCGAACCAUUAAGAGCUAUGGUAAUGGGAGCUCCACUGGAAGAUGCUCGACAUCUAGCCCAACGAUAUGAUAGAUUGCGGCAGGAAACUGAAGCACAGGCUGUUGAAGUAUUCAAACGACAAGCAAAACUGAAGGAGGGGAAUGGAAAUCCUGAUAUGGCAAUGAAACUGGAAGUGGCCGAAUCAAAAUUGCAGGAUCUUAAGUCAAAUACUGCUAUAUUGGGAAAGGAAGCUGCUUCGGCAAUGGCUGCUGUUGAAGCACAACAGCAAAGAUUUACACUUCAGCGUUUGAUUUCCAUGGUCGAAUCAGAACGUUCUUACCAUCAUAAAGUUCUUCAGAUACUUGAUCAACUAGAAGCUGAGAUGACAUCAGAACGCGGAAGGAUUGAAGCUCCGGCUUCUAGGGAAGAUAGUAUGCCUCCGCCUCCUCCAUAUGAAGAAAUAAAUGGUGUAUCUACUUCUCCAAUGCAAAAUGGCUUAACUGACAGCAUGGGUUACUUUCUUGGGGAGGCUUUGUAUUCCUUCCGUGCUGAAUCUGGUGUGGAGCUUAGUUUGUCAGUUGGAGAUUGUGUUGUUGUUCGAAAGGUUUCAAAUAAUGGAUGGGCUGAAGGUGAAUGCAAAGGCAAAGCUGGAUGGUUCCCUUAUGGUUAUAUAGAGAGAAGGGAACGGGUUCUUGCGAGUAAGGUCGUGGCUGAAGUUUUUUAAAGCCAUUGUGUUAUAUAUGUUGUGGCAUGUUGUUGUGUGUAGUAUCCUCAUCCUUUAUACAUUGAGUCUGCAGCACCUCUAACUUUCCCUACCUUAUUAUAGGCCAAGAUAAAAAGCUUUUUCUCCAAUUUCUCAAAAGAUAGGCUUGUAUUUUUGGAACCUUGUUUCUAUUUUUGUUUUUAUGUUUGAUUGUAAACUAGAUCUCUAACCCGUGCGUUGCACGGUCAGUAAUUUGAGACAGUGAAAUGCAUUCCUAUUUUAACUUUUUUUAAAUGUUAUUUUGGAUGAUUGUAAGAUAUAGCUUCUACUAUUCAUAAAAUGCAUCUCCAAUG